GGGGACCAGCGAACGGGAUAGUCAGUGUUGUGUUGAAUCGUGAUCACGAAUCAUACUUGAUCUAUAAGCCAAAGUGAAUCGGGAGCAAGACGAAAAUGCGGAUCUGGUUACUCCUCACUGUUCUUCUGAUCGUCACGGUGCUGGCCGCCGAGACGUUCGCGAAGAAACCCGGCAAGGAAGUCGAAUCAAAGAGCAGUCAUAAUAAGAAGAAGAGGGACGUUGCAUAUUCGAAGGACGAAAAGUCGAAGGAUGCUGGGAACAAAAAGGUCGAAUCAAAGAAGAGGAAGAGUAGCUCGUCCGAGGGCAAGGAAGCCGAGGGUAAUAACGUUGAGGGCAACGUGGAGGCAGCUGAAUCCGGGAAAGUAUCGAAAUCGAAGAACAAGAAGUUGAAGGGGAAGGAAAAUGUUGAUCCCAAAGAGAAGAGCAACGUAGCAGCGAAGGAUAAAAAGAAGUCGAACAAGUACACGGCGGAGGCGCAGGAACCCCAUCAAAAGAAUUCCAAGAAGAAUCAGAAGGACAAGAAAUUGAAGGAUAAAUCGAGUGUCGAGGAACAGGGUAACUUGGAGAGUAAGAAAGCGAAAAAGGAGGGUAAGAAUGCAGGAAAGAAGGAGAAACCGGUGAAAGAAGACAAGAAGAAGCUUCGGGAGAAGAAAAAGCAGGAGGAACCAGUGGCGGAAGUUGAAGAGGAGCCUGUAGAAGUGGAGGAACCCGAAGUGAAGACCCAGUCGAAAAAGGACAAAAAGAAGCAAGAGGAAAAAAAUAGGAAGAAACGACAGGUGGAACAGGUGGAAGAAGAAGCGUUACCUGAGGAGGAACUGGAAGUUGUAGAAGUAGUAGAGGAAGUAGUAGAGGAAGAAGAAAAUUGUCAGAAAGCCGACGAAGGUGACAACAAUGAAGAAUUGAACGGCGCGCAACAGUGCAAUGAAGCGUGAUAUUCUAGUAUUCGAUAGAAUAAAUCACCAUUUAGUACGUCAUAUUGUAUCACUCAACCUUCAUCGAUAGGAAAAUAUCGAAACACCAAUCUUUUGAGUUUUUGUGUAAGUCGUUAGUGUCUGUUAUCGUUAAGACUAACACAAUUCCAGGUUGUUCGCGAGAACGAAAUGACGUAUCAUCGACGAACCAACCACUAUAAGAACACGUUAUAUUAAAUCUUAUUUAUUUAAUUUCUAUCCACAGUGAGUCAUAAACACAGACGCAACGUCGUUACAUGCUUUAUGUACAGAUAAUGAUGUUCUCGAUGUUGUUAUCGAAAUUCUUAAGGUUAACAGCCUCCGACGAAUAGAAACGUAUAAACACACACGUUAUAGGUCACCCUAUGAAAUGUACGUAUAAUAUUUCGACGAAUAAAUACUUUUGUAAAUCAUU